CGGGAGUUAUGAACACGAACCAAACAACGUGCUCCAACGACUCCGCGUUGAAUUGCCAUAAGCAUCGCCAAAAUGGCUCCUGUGACGUUACGAUUUUUCCUUCUCCUCGCUUCAAUAUUUCUUUUUAACUCCCAAGAAAUCAUAGUAGAACAUCCCGAAACCACCGAACCGGUCGCCGAAAGUCCUCCGGAAGACUCCAGCACCCCACAAGAGCCAGCAGACGUCGUUGACAACUCUCAAACGGCGCCCAACGUGGACGACCCUGUCGCCACUGCCGCGAUUGUCCCAGUCCCCGCAAAUCCGGGCAACUUGACCAUAACGCGUAAUGAAUCUAACCCAAUCAACUGCACGCCAAUCGUUCGAGACACCGACGAGCCGAACCGACUGAUCGUCGUCAACGGUACGGCCCUCCUUCAAGAACUGACGCCGGCCGUGAACAAGACCAACAGCACGGCCGGGGAUUGCGUCGUUGUGACGUUUUACUCGCCCUACUGCAACUUCUGCGCCCGGACGGCUCCGUUCGUGAACGCUCUGCCGAGCGCCUUUCCGGGCCUCAAGUUCUACGCCGUGGACGUGGUUCAGUCGAGCCAGAUCAACAUGCGGUACGGUCUGGUCGCCGUGCCGAGCAUCCUACUCUUCCACAACGGUCGAGCCGUCGCCAAGUUCAACGAUUCGAGUCCGAGCAUCGAAGGUCUGACCGGUUUCAUUGCCAGGCACACGGGCGUGACUCCCGAUCGCCCGUUGGUUCCGGAUUCCAGCGGCCCCAUGUCGGAUGUGCCGCUCGAGUUUAUCGACUGGGUGCUCGUGUCUGCUUGGGUCUUCACGGCGGUGUGUUUGAUCGGAGCCUUUCUGAGGUCUGGCCUGUGCAAGCAUAUGACCGCGAGCGUGCAGAACGCGUGGCGCGAAGCGCAGCACCAGCAUCAAGACUGAGCUGUGCCGGUGGAUGCUAAGACGUGGCGAAAAUAACAAUUGUUGCGUGCCAUACCCAUGGUGAUGGACAACACAAUAGGAAUCCAUUAACACCUUCUUUUCCCUUAGACCUUGGCCCUCAUAAUGACUGUAUGUGCGAGUGAUUAAACGUGAGAAGCCACUCGCUUUUCACAUAUUUCACAUAUUGCUGCAGGGCAGCCGCACUGAGCCAUGCGAGAAGCUGGUUGAACAUUCCAGUUUGUUUUGUCCCCGAUUCUGCCGUUUUGCACAAAAAGAAACUACAGUUAAGUGCACCCACAUGUUGCCUUCAUGUGGCACUUUAGGGGCCCAAUUCAUGGUGCAAAGCGUGGAACAUGAUAAUUAUAAGGCCAUCUGCUCACUUUCGCCGAGUUCUCCGACAAGAAUGGAGUUCACAAAUGUUACUGGUGGUGUGUGGAACCUCAAUGUGCUUGACGCAGCGACAUUUGCAUGGAACUUAAGUGGUGAUCAAGAACUUGCUUGGUAGCACUAGGUGUAAAUGAAUAUGGUACGUGAUGUGGUAACGUUUCCAGCGACCUUAGGCUAUUGUUGCUGUUUCCACCUUUUCACAGAAGUAUGAUAUCAAAUAAAUUAGAAAAAACAUGUGAAAGGGACAGUGAAAAA